CCGCGGUCGCUAAUGGCGGGAAGCGGGUCGGGCGAGGAGGUACAAGGUGAAGCCAUUCGAAGUUUCCGUGCCAUCGCUCCUUUAUCUCGCCGCCAUGCACAAGCAGCCUUCCAUCGCCUCGUUCUUCAGCAAGUCACCGUCCUCGUGCAAGAAGGCCGUGCAGGAGUCGCCGCGGGGGAAGCUGAAACUGAAGGGAAAUGAGGUGACGGCGCUGGACAUGGUGUGGGCCAAGCUGGAGGGUCACCCGUGGUGGCCGGCGCUGGUGUGCUGCAGCCCCGGCGAGGACUCCUUCAUGCGCGGCAACCUUGUCCAUGUACAGUUCUUUGACAAGCCACCCACACGAGGCUGGGUCAAGGAUGGGCUGAUCAAACCGUACGGGCCGGCAAUAUCGACUGGGGUUCCUUCCUACCGCGACGCCACGUGGAUAGAGGCGGUGAGGGAGGCGGGGGAGGCGGAGCAGCUGCCCAAGGAGGACCGCAACCUGCUGCUGGUGGAGAUGCUGCCCUCGGACGACGACAUGAUGGAGGACGAUGACGGGGAGGACGAGGGGGAGAGCGACAAGAGCAAGGAGAACGUGGCGGUCAACGGGCAGCAGAAUGGCCGGGGCAAGGCGGUGGCGGGGGCGGCCAAGGGGGGGGAGCCUAAGACCAAGCGGCGGAGGAUCGUACUCCACUCUGACAGCGAGUCCGAGGAUGACUACAAGCCUGAGAAGGAUGAGGCUGCCCGGGAGAGCGAUGACUCGGUGAGCUCCGGCGUGGACGAGGCGCAAAUGUCCGGCCCAGAGACAGAAUCGGAGGUGGACUCGCCCGUCAAGCAGCAACCACAAAUCAAGCGCCGGAAGUCAGAACCGCUCAAGUCUCGGAACCUCAACUCCUCCCUCUCCUCAUCACCACGCACCUCCACCACCACCACCAACACCACCACCACCACCACUCCGGCCAAGGUGUCCAGCGCUGUCAAGUCCAAGCUGGCCAUGUUCGCAGCCAAGGAGGCGCCGGCCCCCAAGGAGGAGGGGUCCGAGGAGUGGCCGUUCCUGAAGGAGCCGUGGCUGAAGCCGGAGAACGUCACCGACCGGCAGCGGCGGCGACCUGACCACCCAGAGUAUGACCCCAGGACACUAUAUGUCCCCGAGUCCUUCAUGGCCCAGCAGACACCUGGCAUGCGCCAGUGGUGGGAGCUCAAGUCCCGCCACUACGACACGGUGCUGUUCUUCAAGAUGGGCAAGUUCUACGAGCUGUUCCACAUGGACGCACUGCUGGGGGUGCAGGAGCUGGGCCUCAUCAUGAUGAAGGGGGAGAAGGCUCACAGUGGGUUCCCCGAGGUUGCGUACAGUCGCUACUCCUCGGCGCUCAUCGAGAAGGGCUACAAGGUGGCGCGCAUUGAGCAGACCGAGACCCCGGAGAUGAUGGAGAAGCGAUGCAAGAAGAUUGCCCGGCCGACCAAGUUUGACCGUGUGGUGCGCCGUGAGGUGUGCCAGAAGAGCAGUCGCGGCACCAUGGUGUACGGCAUUGUGGACGGUGACGAACGCGAGGCCGCCACCGCCCACCUCCUGGCCCUAGCCGAGCGGCCGGCGCGUGGCAGCGGUGAGGUGAGUGAGUACGGCGUGGCGUUCGUGGACACCAGCAUCGGCACCUUCCAUGUGGGCCAGUUUGUGGACGACUGCCACGCCUCACGCCUCCGCACCCUGCUGGCACACUACCCCGUGGCCCAGGUGCUGCUGGAGCGGGGGCGUGUGGGUGCCAAGACGCGGGUGAUGGUCAACGCCCUGGUGCCGGCUAACCUGCGGGAGGUGCUGGUGCCGGAGAAGGAGUUCUGGACGGCCGCCAAGACCCUCUCCUUCCUGGCCGAGGGUCCGUACUUCAGGGCGGAGGGCCAGGACGACGCACAGUGGCCGCAGGUGCUGAAGGACAUGAUGGACGAGGGUGACUCUCUGGGCAAGACAGCGCAGGAGGACAGUGAGUUGGCGCUGUCAGCCUUGGGGGCCCUCACCUGGUACCUCAUGGACUGCCGCCUGGAGGAGCAGCUUCUCACCCGACGCAUGUUUGAGCGCUACGCCCCGCCGGACACUGUGGCGGGUGACGAGGCCGCCGCCGCAUCCGCCACCGCCAUCCCGGCCUUCAUCGCCAACAGGCAUCAUAUGGUCCUGGACGGCACCACACUCCACAACCUGGAGGUGUUCCGUAACAGCAACGGCGGCACCGAGGGGACCCUAGUGGAGCGCCUCGACCACUGCUCCACCCCCUUCGGCAAGAGGCUGCUGCGGAACUGGAUCUGUGCCCCGCUCUGCAACCCGGCAGCCAUCCGGAACCGCCUAGAUGCCAUCGCCGACCUGCGGAGCAACCCGGACCUGGUGGAGGAGGUCACGGCCGCCCUCAAGACCCUGCCCGACCUGGAACGCAUGCUGGCCAAGGUCCACACUCACGGGCUGCAUCGCCAGUCUAGUCAUCCUGAGGUGCGCGCCAUCUACUACGAGGAGACAAAGUAUAACAAGAAGAAGGUUGAAGGCUUCCUCUCGGCACUCACAGGCUUCAGCACAUGCAUAGAGAUUGUCAAGAUGUUCAAAGGCGUGCGGGGCUCCCUCUCGUCCAGUCUGCUGCGUGGGUGUGUGGCAACGACGGAGGAGGGCGGCAACUUCCCCCUACUGGCUGAGGCAUUGAAGUUCUUUGACGGCGCCUUCGACCACGCGGAGGCCCAGCGGGAGGGCAAGAUCAUUCCGCACCGGGGCGUGGAUGCGGAGUACGAUGAGGCGCUGGAGAGGCUGGACUCCACCAAGAGGAGCCUGGCGGACUACCUCAAGGAACAGUGCAAGUACUUCGGCACCAAGGUGGUGUUCUGGGGCAAUGACAAGAAGCGUUACCAGCUGGAGGUGCCGGAACAUGCGUGUCGCCGUGCCGGGGAUGAGUACGAACUUAUUAGUCAACGCAAGGGGUACAAGCGCUACUGGACCACCGCCACGAGGGAGCUGCUGGAGGAGAUGAUUGCGGCCGAGGAGCAGCGCAACACAUCCCUCAACGACAUCGCUAGGAGGAUAUUUAACCAGUUUGACAAGCACCAGAAGCAGUGGGAGGCGGCCCUUCAGUGCAUGGCUGCCCUGGACGUCCUCUGCUCCCUCACACACUUCUCCCGCGAGGCCGAGACGGUGCAGCCUGAGGUGUUGAGUCCUGAGGCGGGCGGACAGCCGUUCCUGGAGAUCCGCGACGGCCUGCACCCCUGCCUGCUGACCUCCAUGGCGGGUGAGUUCAUCCCCAACGACGUGGUGGUUGGCGGGCCGGCUGACGAUGCCCACCGCCCGCUGGUCCUCAUAACCGGGCCAAACAUGGGAGGCAAGUCCACCCUCAUGAGGCAGACCGCCCUCAUAUGUCUCCUGGCGCAGCUGGGCUCCUACGUACCAGCCGCCUCCUGCCGCCUCACCCCAGUGGACCGUGUGUUCACCCGCGUGGGUGCCUCGGACCGCAUCAUGACGGGGGAGUCCACCUUCUAUGUGGAGCUAGCAGAGACCUCGUCCAUUCUGCAGCAUGCCACCCGCCACUCCCUGGUGCUGGUGGAUGAGCUGGGUCGAGGCACAGCCACCUACGACGGCACGGCCAUUGCCUCCGGGGUGGUGGACGCCCUGGCUCGCCGUGGCUGCCGGACGCUGUUCUCUACGCACUACCACGCCCUCGUCGACCACUUCGCCGAGGUGCCGAACAUCUCCUGCGGACACAUGGCCUGCAUGGUGGAGGGUGAGGACAGCAACGACCCCUCCCAGGAGACCAUCACCUUCCUCUACAAGUUCACUGAGGGGUCAUGUCCCAAGUCCUAUGGGUUCAACGUGGCACGGUUGGCCGGUCUGCCUGAGUGUGUCAUCCGCCGGGCGCGCCAGAAGGCCAAGGAGCUGGAGCGGGCCACCCUGAAGAAGCAGGCUUUCUCUAGGGUCAUGGCCGCCCUGGGAGAUCGGCCAGGGGUGCUGAAAGAUGUCAUAAGGGAGAGUUUUAAAUCCCUGCGUGUGGAGUAAUGGGGUGGAUGAGUGAAAAAGAAGACCGACAGGAUGACAGGGUGGAUGAAGGAGGUGGAUGAGUG